GGGAUGUGAGGGGCGGUGGGAUCCCGGCUCCUGGCGGCAGUGGCUGUGAGCUGUAGCGACUGCGCCGAGGGAAAGGCGAGCGAGGCCAUCGGGCUCCGUGGUCAGCUGGUCCUGUCGGCCACGGGAUGAGGAAGCGGACUGAGCCCGUCACCUUGGAGCAUGAGCGCUGCGCCGCUUCGGGUUCGUCCUCCUCCGGCUCGGCCGCCGCGGCGCUGGACGCCGAUUGCCGCCUGAAGCAAAACCUGCGCCUGGCGGGCAAGGGGUCGGCUGAGCCGCGGUGCGCGGCGGACCCGGGCAUGAAGCGGACACUGGGCAGGCGAAAGGGCCUGUGGUUCCGACUGAGGAAGAUACUUCUCUGUGUUUUGGGGUUCUACAUUGCCAUUCCAUUUCUCGUCAAACUAUGUCCUGGGAUACAGGCCAAACUGAUUUUCUUGAAUUUUGUGAGGGUUCCUUAUUUUAUUGACUUGAAAAAACCACAGGAUCAAGGUUUGAAUCAUACCUGCAAUUACUACCUCCAGCCAGAAGAUGUGACCAUUGGAGUCUGGCACACCAUCCCUGCUGUCUGGUGGAAGAAUGCCCAAGGGAAGGACCAGAUGUGGUUUGAGGAUGCCUUGGCUUCCAGCCACCCCAUCAUUCUGUAUCUGCAUGGGAAUGCAGGUACCAGAGGAGGUGACCACCGGGUGGAGCUCUACAAGGUGCUGAGUUCCCUUGGUUACCACGUGGUCACCUUUGACUAUAGAGGGUGGGGUGACUCAGUAGGAACGCCAUCUGAGCGGGGCAUGACGUAUGACGCACUCCAUGUUUUUGACUGGAUCAAAGCAAGAAGUGGUGACAACCCUGUGUACAUUUGGGGCCAUUCCCUGGGCACUGGAGUGGCAACAAAUCUGGUGCGGCGCCUCUGUGAACGAGAAACACCUCCUGAUGCUCUUAUAUUGGAAUCUCCAUUCACUAAUAUCCGUGAAGAAGCAAAGAGCCAUCCAUUUUCAGUGAUAUAUCGAUACUUCCCUGGGUUUGACUGGUUCUUCCUUGAUCCCAUUACAAGCAGUGGAAUUAAAUUUGCAAAUGAUGAAAAUGUGAAGCACAUCUCUUGUCCCCUGCUCAUCCUGCAUGCUGAAGACGACCCAGUUGUGCCCUUCCAGCUUGGCAGAAAGCUUUACAACAUUGCUGCACCAUCUCGAAGUUUCCGAGACUUCAAAGUUCAGUUUAUCCCGUUUCACUCAGACCUUGGCUAUAGGCACAAGUACAUCUACAAGAGCCCUGAGCUUCCACGAAUACUCAGGGAAUUCCUAGGGAAGUCAGAACCCGAGCGCCAGCACUGAAACUGUCUAGCAAAGGAGCAUGAAGGCCUGCCCUCCUCCCCUUUUCUUCUGGACAGCAACCUGACACCUUGGAGCCCCUGCAGUGCCCACACCUGCAGAGCCCAGGAGCCCAGUGCACCUGGAGAGGACUUGGAUGCAGCGGGCAUGGAAGGAGGCCCUGUACAUCCAUGGUGCAGUGCAAUGCAAGUGACUGGGAACCCGGAUCUGUGUGGAAAUAUGGCUGCCGGGCAUGCGACCCCCUGUCCCUCUAGCUGCCACUCUACCUGAGCUCUUGUUGGGAAGAUUUCGUGACAGCAGUGGUGUCACCUGGUUGAUCCCAUACUUCCUGAGCUGGGCAUGAAAAGCCUAGAAGAGGGCAUAGGGGCUCUAGACUGCUCUGGGCUUUCUGACAACCCUUGGAGAAUGUGGGGAGGCUGUUCUUUUCUGCAGAAUGGACUCUAAUGGUUCCACCAUCCUCUUUGGCCCAUGUACCCGCUUGCCUUCCUUGGCUAUCCCUGCCUCUACUGAGUGCCUGUUCACCUUCAGCAGGGGGGCAUCCAGAUCUGCACUUCCUCCCAUUCUGUCUGCCUAACCUGGCCGUAGACUGAGCAUUUAUUUAAGAAUAAAAUCGUGGUGGUGGUCUGUUUUGUUGAUUCCUCUAUAAGCAAAGGUCAGUGUUGCCUUCUGCUGGACCACUUUCCCAUCCCCUAUCACAGCUAAAGUCCUGGCACCCUUGAUCCCAAAGGGACUGGGAAU